GGCCGAGACAGCACGGGCGUACGUUAGCUGGACACCGGACACGGAGGAAGGAGUCGAUGGCCGUCCAUCACAGAGUGCAGCAGGAGCCGCGGGGUGGUGGGUCCUGCACCCCGGAGGGACGUCCGUAGGACGAACGCAGGGAGGAGCUCCUACGUGGCUGUUGCCCCCUAGGAGCGCUCCGCCGGCAUGAGACAGACCAAGAUGAACUUCUGGGACGGGAUGGAGCACGCCUUCAUGAUGUCCAGCAUCACCGCUGAAGAGCGAACAGCCAUCUGGGACGCCGUGGCCGGCUACGUUCAAGAACAGCUCUUGCUGCACAAGGGAGUCCGGAUUCCCACGCUCGGCUCCUUCGAUACUGUCCCUAAACAGAUCCAGGUUGGAUGUGAGGCUGUGAUUAUCCAGCAGCCCGUCUUUCACCUGGCCAGGAAUCUUGUGAAUGUCCACAACCUGACGGACAACAAAGCCUACCUGCCUGGAAACAAAGAGGUGGAGGCCCUUAAAUACGCCAAGGUGGCUGCAGCCACCUGUGUGUCCCGGCAGAAAGCGGAGAGCUGCAUCCAAGGCACCAUAUCCCUGCUCUCUUACUGCCUGGGGAAAGGGGAGAACAUCGCCCUUGCCCUGAGGGACAUUGGCGUGUUGCUCAUUGAAGGCAGGAGGGUGCAAAUGAAGUUCUACUACAACUUCAUGGAGACGUUGUCCGGGAAGGAAAACUUGGGAAAAGCCGUUUUCAAGGUCCCCCAGCUGCUGGACAUGGUGGUGUCCCCAGUGGUACCCGUGGCCAGCCUGAGCUCCUCUGGCCGUGUCAUCAUCUUCCCCGAGUUUGAAAUAGAGUUUGUGCCCAAACCACUGGCCAGGGAUCUGCUCAAGACCUCGAGACAAGGCCCCGGUGAGGACAAGAAAAUGAGAAGAGCCCGCUGGUCACCUUUUGGACAAGGCAGGAAAGUGGGAUCUCCUGGUUUUCCCUUUCCUGUUAGUCCAGACUCGAUUAAUACUGAAAUACCACAGUUCUGGGAAAUCACGGGGCCGAGGAAGAGGAAGAAGUCGCGGGUCAGGCAGCGGUCAGAGAUCCCGAAGAGCUCCUCUGCCAAAAAGCAGCCAGUGACCAGGCGUCCGAAGGGCAAAUCCAUGCUCAAAGGCCAAACACCAAAGCAGAGCCAAGUGCAGGCACUGCCUCAGAGCUACGGAGAAGAAGGAAUAGUGGAUCAAAUCCUCGCUGAAAUGGCAGCGAGGAAGACGGUGAAAGCCAAGCCCGCCCAUCCUCGGGGAGCCUUGACCUUCGAAACACCGGUAAUAGCCAUAUUAUCGACAACGAGCUCUGAGGCCAGCCUGCUCUAGAAGCCCACCUACGAGGUGCUCAGACGGCCGUCACCAAGACCAAAACGGCCAAAAUAGUGACGUUUAGGCUUGAGAAAUUCUGGCCAGUGCUGGAAUAACCUCAGAAGGCGGUAUUAGAGACCCGGAGCUCUGAGGCCAGCCUGCUUGAGGUGUCCCUCGAUGAACAUCGCUUGGUUUGAUCCAACUGAUGGGUGAGGGGACCAGCUCAACGCGAUGCUCUCCUCGACCGGAGAGACCCUGGCUGGAAUGAUCAGGAAAAAGAGGAAUAAAAACCACAGAGACGUUGCA